AUGGCUCUAGAAAGUGGCAUUGACGGCUGGCUGCGAUAUGCUGAGCUGCCAGCUGACCUUCGCACAAAGCAAGAUCAAUACUCUGGCAUUAUUGUCCUUGAUGGAGUUCAAACCAGUCCCGUCUACACAGCUGCGAAAGAGCUACAAGAUGGCUUACAACGUAUCCUCGGCCAAACCCUGAAGCUGGAGACUUUAUUUGACAAUGUCGCGGCAAAACAACCAUCAAUUGUUGUCGGUACUCUCGAUGCUUUCUCCAGACUGGGAGUCGACCCACCACCAGAAGAGUUCAAACCGGACGGCUUUUACCUCAACACUCAGGCUGGAAAUGGCAAUGUUCAUAUUAUGGGCGAAAGUGAGAGUGGUGCUCUUUACGGUGCCUUUGAAUUCCUGAUGCGCCUGGCACAAGGGAAUUUCGAGCCUGUGUCUAUCGUCGAUAACCCCAGCGCGCUGAUACGAUGGGUCAAUCAAUGGGAUAACCUCGACGGAAGCAUUGAACGUGGAUACGCAGGCCCAUCCAUCUUCUUCAAAGAUGGUGAGGUUGUUGAGGACAUGACACGUAUUUCUCAAUUUGCCCGGCUUUUGUCUUCCAUCCGUCUGAAUGCAGUCGUGGUCAAUAACGUUAAUGCCAACCCCAAGCUCUUCAGUGAGACAAACCUUCGCGGUCUUCAGCGGAUUGCGGAUACGAUGAGACCAUGGGGCAUCCGCAUUGGUAUAUCACUUUACUUCGAUUCCCCUCGAGAGUUUGGUGGCCUUUCUACUGCCGAUCCUUUGGAUCCUGACGUCAUUGCGUGGUGGCAGGAUAUCACUCGAAAGAUUUUCGAGAAGGUACCAGACCUAGUCGGUUAUACGAUCAAAGCGAACUCGGAAGGUCAACCAGGUCCCCUGACAUACAACCGCACACUCGCAGAUGGAGCAAAUAUGUUUGCCCGGGCUUUGCAGCCAUACGGAGACGCCAUUGUGCUAUAUCGUGCGUUCGUGUACAAUCAUCACUUGGAUGAAUCAGUUUGGACCAAUGAUCGCGCCAACGCCGCCGUUGAUUAUUUCAAACAUCUUGACGGUCAAUUCGAGGACAACGUUCAAAUUUGCCUCAAAUGGGGUCCUAUAGACUUUCAAGUUAGAGAGGCUCCGUCACCUCUCUUUGCGAAUCUACGAAAGACUAAAGUUGUGAUUGAGACACAGGUCGCGCAGGAGUAUCUGGGGCAACAAAGUCAUUUUGUGUACAUGGCGCCACUUUGGAAAGAGAUUCUAGACUUUGAUAUGAGAAUUGAUGGCCAAGAUUCUGCCAUCCGGGAUAUUGUUUCUGGGUCCACAACUGUCCUCAACAUUGGCAGUGACACUACUUGGAUCGGGCACCACUUGUCCCUCUCGAACUUGUAUGCAUAUGGUCGAAUGGCUUGGAACCCACUUUCAGAUCCAAUUAAUAUGAUUGAAGGAUGGUCCCGACUCACCUUCAGCCUCAAUCCAACCGUGGUUGAUACAAUAACAAAGAUCUCAAUGGAAUCUUGGCCGACCUACGAGAACUACAGUGGCAACCUCGGAAUCCAAACACUCUGUGAUAUCAUUUACACUCAUUAUGGUCCCAGUCCAGCAAGCAUGGACGGGAAUGGAUGGGGCCAAUUCACGAGAGCAAAUUCGACGAGUAUUGGGGUGGAUCGCACUGUCGCGACAGGCUCAGGCAAUGCUGGGCAAUACCCGCCAGAGGUGGCGGCAAUCUUCGAAGAUAUUGAAAAAACGCCUGACGAGCUUCUCCUGUGGUUUCACCACGUUCCUUAUACUCAUCGUCUGAAAUCCGGCAAGACCGUUAUUCAACAUUUCUACGACGCGCACUAUGAAGGUGCAGCUAACGCUCAAACCUUCCCCAAGCGAUGGGCGAAACUGAAAGGUUUGAUUGACAACCAUCGGUUUGAACAUGUCGCGUUCAAAUUGGAGUAUCAGGCUGGCCAUGCACUUGUCUGGCGAGACUCAGUCAAUAACUUUUACUCCGCCAAGUGCCAGAUCCCUGACGAGAAGAACCGAGUCGCCAACUAUCAGUGGCGGAUCGAGGCCGAGGACAUGCGACUAUCCGGGUAUAAAAUUGUUGCUGUUACGCCUUUCGAAGCGGCAUCUGGAGGGAAAGCCAUCAUUACUGAAUCGAACCAAAGUCCAGGAACUGCGAUGGCGAAGAUACCUUAUCCAUCUGGAAAAUACAAUAUUGCGGUAAAUUACUUCGACCACAUGGGCGGUACAUCGAAGUAUGAGAUCUCCCUGAACAAUCAAGUGAUUGGAAAAUGGUCGGGCAAUUUGCAAGAGAAGCUUGGCCAUGAUUUCUCAGAGUACUUGGAUGGCCACUCCGCCACUAGAAUAACGUUCAAAGGAGUGCUGGUCGAAUCGGGUGAUAUUCUCAAAGUCGUCGGACAACCUGAUGGUACCGAGCUUGCUCCACUGGAUUAUAUCUCAAUCUUGCCGGAAGGGAUCGUUGAUUGA